AUGUUUCUGGAUAUUUACCAGUUUCAAACAAUCUGCCUGCUGCUACUUCUACCAAUCUUCACACAAUGUGAAGCAAGUAUUUACUGGACCUUUUUUCCUUCGGUUCCUGAACAAAUCAAUAAAACAACUUUUCCAGUCGAUCUAAAGUUGCCAGCCAAGUCGGACGUUAUUCUUUUAAAAUGCCCUGGCUCUUUAUACAAACAUGGAAAUAUUGAGGAUGAUUUUAAAGAAAAUAAAGAACUGGGAGAUUGGAGCGUUAUGCCUUCAAACAUAAAUAUUCUAUUCAAUUGGCUACUAUCAGUAUAUAAUGCAUCUGGACCGCAGCAAAUUUAUUGUGGAACUGUUGGAAUAAUUGGCAGUGAUGCAAGGCACACGAACAUUGAAUGGAAGUUCAAUUUCAAUUGGCAACCUACUCCAAAUCCUUUUUCGAUAGCAAUAAAAGUUCCAAUAUUUAACCAACUCCCUUCUCCAAAAAAAUGUGGCAAUAUUCAAAGAAAAAUUUUAAAAUAUACAAAGGAUAAGAAUGGAAAAUUAUUUAAAUUAAACUUAGUUAAUGAUCAGUUGACAACGCCGGAUGAUUUGCCACAUGCAAACAAACUUUAUUAUUUCUUCACAAUACCUCAAGAUAGUCAUGAAAAGGAGUUUGCAGAACCUUGUACUAUAUUUAGAGCUGUCAACAAUAGACCACUAAUGGUUAUAAAGGGAUAUAAUUCUACUUCAAUAUCUCUAAGAAAUACAAAAAUUGAUGUGAUUAAAUUUGACUAUUUGGUAGAAUUUCUUGCAAUUCAACUUGUUUUAGAAAAUCAACCAAAUUUAGAAGAUUAUUACAAAAAUGAAGAAAUUUUAGUUAACAAAGUUAUGUUCACAAAGGAUGGAGUUAAAGAAGUGCCGAACUCCAACAGAAUCACUAAGGGAACCUUUUCGAUAAAUGGAUAUGAACUUUUAAAUUUUACUUAUAACUGUCCUACACUUGAAGAUAAUGAAAUGAUAACGAAGAUAUUUUACUUCGCACCACCACAGAAAGAAUAUAAAUAUCCAUUGGAAUACUUUCUAUAUGCAUCAAAUGAAACGGUGGUCAAGCCAAACUGUUCUAUCAAUGGAUUCAAUUUUGGAUAUCUUCAUGCAGUUGGUUACAAUGAAAAGAUAGUUAGCCUAGAUGAGUUGAAUGCUAAUGGAGUAGCAAAAUAUGGUCUAUAUCGCUCCGGUUCUUUUGUUUUUACAUCAGAUACUACACAAUUCAAUACAACUCUAAACUGUCACUACAAAACACCAAACGGAGAAAUUAUUUUUAUUAACUCCUUUUUACACAAUGACAAAGCAAGAUUCGAAACAGAUAAAAAUGGAAAUAAAUAUUUAAAAGUAGAUAGUGAUGGUAUAAAUGUAAGAGAUUCAGAAAAAUCAGCGUUUGCAAAGCUUAAGGAAAAAGUUGGACUUAUUGGUGCAAUUUCUAUUAUUGUUGGAAGUGUUAUUGGUGGUAUUUUAAUUUUAACUGGUUUCUGUGCACUAAUAUUUCUUAAACAAAUAAAAUUACAUAUUAGAAGAAAAAAACUAGCAUCUAAAUAUCCCAAUAUAUUUGCAUUGUGGAAAGAAUUAUCAAAUGCCAAUUUGGAAGAAUAUUGUAAAAUAGUUCAACAUAAAAACUAUCUUCCGGAUAUAUUGAAAAAACAAAAGUUUUUAAAGAAAAUAGAAGGUGAUGAAGAGGUCGACUUCGAUGCAACGACUAUUUUUGAUGAUUCUUUGGUCAAAUGUUUUAAUUCAAUCUUUGGGGAAAUAAGAGCUCAUUACAUUAAUGAUGUCUCACCGGAAAGAAAGUAUAUCAUCUCUGAUGGACCAACACCUGAAAGAGUAAAAUAUUUUUGGGAGUUACUCUAUAAAGAGGAUGUCGCAGUUGUUAUUUCAAUAAUUCAUCAAGAAAAGAGUGAUGGACCAGUAACAGAUGAGAAACAAUUAUAUUGGUCAGAGACAAACCAGACUUAUGGAAAUGUUGCUGUUAAAUUUCUGAACGAGGUCCCAACAAAUCUCUCAUAUGUUAAAGUUUUAAAAUUUAGUAUGACUAUGAAAGGAGAAAAGCCAAAGGAAGUAACACUUUUUCAUGUUAAUCAUUGGAAAGAACAUGCAAUACCAAGUACGGAUCUACACUUCACCAAUUUGUACUCAGAAGUUUCUGAAUGUGCUGGAAAUAGGAAUGUUCUCGUUCAUGCUUCACGUAGUGCUGGAUCACGUGUAUUCAUGUUCACAUAUUUCUGCUGUAUUUUGGAAGCAAUGGAAACUUAUACCUCAAUUUAUAAUCCAAUGAAGAUUAUAAAACAAAUUCGUGAAAAGCGUUAUGGUGGUAACAUCUCUUCUAUGGAAUAUGCUUAUUUAUUGAAAGCUCUUGUCACAUACUUCUUUGACAACAAUAUGUUAAUUGGUGGAAAUAAUGGAAGAAUAAAUUUUGCCAAGGAGUACGAACACUAUCUUUACAAGUUGGAAAAACGUGAAGAUAAGAUGGAAGAAAAAUUUAAAAAUUUCUUAAAAUAUGUUAAUGUAAUUGAUUCUGGAAAAUUAAAUGAUCUUUGCAUCCAAUUUGAUAGCGUUGGAAUGAUGAGUAAUGGUGAUCUUUUGAAAAAAUGUCAACGUUUUAAUAUGAUUAAAAGCAAGCUUCUAAAGAAGAAUCGUUACAAUGACAUAGUAUGUCUUGACAAAUAUUCAAUCAACAUUAAUGGAUAUGAUUCUAAAGAUAUUCGUGGUUAUAUACAUGCUAAUCAAAUGAUCUAUAAGUAUGGUGAUGAAAAGGAAAGAAAAAUUAUUAUGUGUCAGGCACCAAUACAGACAACAGUUGAUGAUAUGUAUGACAUGAUUUUUAGAUACAAGAUCGGAAUCAUUGUCGUACUUGUCAAUGUUAAUGAAAUUAAGGUGCAAAAUAAGUGCUAUCCUUAUUUUCCUGCUGAUGUUAAAGAUAUGAAAACAAGCAGAUAUACUGUCUUGUAUAUUGAUAAGAAAGUUGAUGAAGUAAAUCAUAUUAUUGAAUAUGAUUACACAAUUUAUAAUAAUAAAAAUGUAGCAAGUAAUUUUAAAUUACUUCAUUACAUUAAUUGGCCUGAUAAAAGCAUACCUAAUGAAAGUAAACCUAUUCAUGAACUGUACAAAAAGAUUAUAAAUCUUUACAAUGAUCGUUAUAUAGCGAUUCAUUGUAGUGCAGGAAUAGGAAGAACUGGAACAUUAGCAUUAGUCAUUUAUAUGAUCGAUAUGAUCAAUUAUGGCAAAGCUUUUGAUCCAGUCAAAUUUUUGGAGACUCUACGAAUGCAUCGUUAUAAGGCAGUGCAAACAAAGAGUCAAUUUAUCUUCUCUUUGUCCAUUCUUUUUGAGCAUUUUGAAGAUGAGAUAAAAAAAAUGGAUAAAGAAGCUUUUAACAACUUCACGAAGUUAGCAAAAGAAAUCUACCGUCAAGAUGGAAACUAUAGAAAAUAA